AUGGAAAACUUCCACGACUUGAUCAGAAACCAGGCUCUCCUCUCCUCAGCCUGUAUCAAGCAAACAACAACCACUACCGGCGUGUCCAGCACCCCAGAGAAGCGCUACCGAUGCGUGGAGUGUGGGCAGGGCUUCUCGCGCGCUGAACACUUGAAGCGCCAUCAAACCCGACGUGAGUUGCGUUGCAAAGGCUGCGCAAUUCCGCUAAUGUACCUUGUGGAGAUACCGGAGCCAAACCGUUCUCUUGCAUUUUCUGCUCUCGAGACUUCUCGCGCAAGUACGAUUGUUGUGACCUCUCCACACGGUCUCUCUGCUGACGCCUCUGGCAGGGAUCGCCUCCAAACCCAUUACAGCCACUGUCAACGGCGGGGUGACCGAGACGUCCCCAACUCGAUUCCCAAGGGCCGACGCCCACAUGCCUGUGUGACGUGCAUUUCCUCCAAGAUUCGCUGUGAUGGAGGCAAUCCUUGUGCACCCUGCAAGAAGAAACAAGUACAAUGUCGCCAAAAACACUCUCUGCGCGACAAGUCGAUUGCCGAAAAGCUAGGCCCCCUCGGCGACCGUGUAUCGAUUCAAGCACUCCUGAACGGUGGUACCGACACUUUCACAGAGACCUUCAACCUUCCGCCUUGCGACGAUCGGCAAAGAGGGCUGCAGUUCCACCAACAAAAUGAAGAAGGGGAGGAUGAGGAGAACGACGCCGUUGAUGCGAAAUCGGAAGAUGAAAGUCCCGCUACUUUCGACUUCUCCGGGAUGUUCCAGACACCUAUGGGGAUAGACGAUCAGUAUCUCGACUUCUGGACAGGGCCGUUUGGAUUAAUUCACUCCCCUUCAUAUACUGAACUGCAGCUGGAACUUUACGACCCAUCCAUGAUAUCACCAGAGGCCCAGAUUGGCUCCACGCCCUCCAGCUCGACGCAGCAGCCUUCGGAUCAAGCGCAGUAUGUCUCAGCACUGAAUAUGGCAAUCUACAACAAGCUAUGGUGCCUGGCCUUGGAUGAAAAAUCUCGUCAAGAACUGACUGCUUGCCUGAAUUUCCUCUUGACCUCGGAGAAGAUCCGCAAGUUCAUCUCGCUUUACUUUCGUAAUUGGCACCUGAACUGCCCCAUCAUUCACCGACCGUCAUUCGAUCCCGCUAAAGUUCCAGUUGGCUUGGUCAUUAGCGUGGUCUUCAUUGGUGCUAUGUAUUCAAGAGACCAGACCGAAAGGCUAGCCGCGAAGCGGCUGGUUGACGUUGCGGAAUUGGUGGUCUUCGAUUCAGAAAUUUUCUCCUUUGAGAUUGAAGUCACUCGAUGUAUACAAGGUGACUCCCUGCCCACACCUUCAGAGUCUCUUCAACAGGACCGCGAUUGGGAGAUUUUCCAAGAGCUUCAGGCGGGUUAUUUGAUGGUCGUUGCUCAGUAUUGGGGCGGCUCACGGGGAUCUAAACGACGAGCAAUGCAAUCCCGACUCGGAGACGUCAUAAAUGUCGCUCGGAGCAUGCAGCUGCAUCAUGCUCGUCACCGGCCGUCCGAUCGCAUCUCAGAAGUCGCUUGGCUACAGAAAGAGACGAAGAUCCGAACUGUAUCAGUCAUCGCUUUGCUUGAUUGUGCCAUGAGAAUUUAUUCAAACUACCCCUGCCGCAUAACCCUUGGCGAACUCGACAAUGAUCUACCCUGUAAAGAAGCUAUCUUCAGCUCACGACAUCCUUUUAUGCAGGACGACUCCAUCUUUGCACCGCGGUUGACAAUGUCUCAAGCCUUUGCUCUUCUUUUUGAUGGAAAAGCAAAAGCUUCUGACUCAACAACAGCAUCACAGGCAGACGUGUCUGAAAACGGAACGUCGUUGGAGGAGACCGAAGGCAGCUGCGAUCUCACUAUAUUUGAUCUGUUCAUUCUUAUCCACUUUCUGUACACAUACGUACACUCCUGUGUCAUGACAAUGUCACUCAACCUCCCCACAACGAACUUUGGUCGCAGGAUCAAUGGGGCAAAGCCAUCCAAUUUUGCCAUGAGCCCAAUGGCCCAAGAGAUCAAGGGCGCUUUGGAAAGAUGGCGCCAGCUGUGGGAAAUUAUUCGCUCACAGACUUCGGAUAAAUCCCUGAAAGCUGAAGGCAUGUACAGGAAUGCUCUUCACUUCUGGAUCGUUCUGCAAUUCAUCAUGGCCAAAGAGGAAGCGGUUGACGUUAUCACCAGCAUGGAAGUCAACUGCGAUGACGCGUUGACCAAGCUCAAGGUCCUCUUUCAGAACGAUAAUGAGCAAGAGAUAUAA